AUGCGUAGCCGGAGCAAUUCUGGGGUUCGCCUCGACUAUUACCAGCGGAUAGUGCAUCGGCUCAUCAUGCGCCAUCAGCAACCGGUGACCGGGCUCUUUCCGGCCAGCCCACAAACCCAGCAUGCUUGGAUACGCGACAACGUGUACUGCAUUCUGGCCGUAUGGGGCCUAUCGAUGGCGUAUAAAAAGAUCGCCGACCAAGACGAGGACCGUGCGAAAGCGUACGAGCUGGAACAGUGCUGCGUGAAGCUGAUGCGCGGCCUGCUGAUGGCUAUGAUGAACCAGAAGGAAAAGGUGGAACGGUUUAAAACGUCCCAGAAUCCGCUGGACUCGCUCCAUGCGAAGUACUCCAGCCGCAACGGCCAAAUUGUGGUGGGUGACAGCGAAUGGGGCCACCUGCAGAUUGAUGCCAUUUCGCUGUACCUGCUCAUCCUCGCGCAGAUGACGGCAUCCGGGCUGCAGAUCGUGUUCUCGCUCGACGAGGUCGCGUUCAUACAGAACCUGGUGUUUUACAUCGAGUCGGCGUACUGUAUCCCGGACUACGGUAUCUGGGAGCGGGGUGACAAAUCGAACCACGGCCAGCCGGAGCUAAAUGCUAGCUCGAUCGGUAUGGCCAAGGCGGCACUGGAAGCGAUGAACGAACUCGAUCUGUUCGGCGCCCGUGGUGGAUCUGGUUCCGUCAUACAUGUGCUGGCGGACGAGGCACACAAAUGUCAAGCGGUGCUGCAAUCGAUGCUGCCUCGCGAAUCUAACAGCAAAGAGCUGGAUGCGGGUCUUCUCUCCGUCGUCGGUUUUCCAGCAUUCGCCUGUGACGAUCCACAGCUAAUCGAAACCACGCAGGAAGCGAUCAUAACGCGACUUCAGGGCCGGUACGGCUGCAAACGGUUCUUGCGCGAUGGGUACAAAACACCGAAGGAGGACAACACGCGCCUCUACUACGAACGCUGGGAGUUACGGAUGUUUGAGAAGAUUGAGUGUGAGUGGCCACUGUUCUUCUGCUACCUGAUACUGAACAAAGCGUUCCAGAACGAUAAGCAAGCGGUCACAGAGUACUCGCAGAAGCUUGAGGAAAUACUCGUCAAAACGGAGGAGGGCAUGAAGUUGAUACCGGAGCUGUACGCCGUACCGGAAAAGGCGGUGGCAGCAGAAUAUCAAGCACCCGGCAGCCAGCAGCGGGUCGUCGUUGGACGUUGCCCAUUUCUUUGGGGCCAGUCACUCUACAUACUGGGAAAGUUACUGCAGGAGGGUUUCCUUGCUGUCGGUGAGUUGGAUCCGCUAAAUCGGCGGCUCGGUGCACAGAAAAAACCGGACGUGGUGGUGCAGGUCGUUAUACUGGCGGAGGAUAACGAUAUACGGGAUAAGCUCGCCGAGCACGGCAUCCAGGUGCAGACGAUCGCGGACGUAGCUCCGAUCGAAGUGCAGCCGGCCCGUGUACUUAGCCACCUGUACACGUACCUUGGGCGCAAUAAAAAGCUCGGCCUGUCCGGCCGUAAAUCACGUGACGUUGGCAUCCUCAGCACGAGCAAGCUUUACUCACUGAAGGAUCGCAUCUUUGCGUUUACGCCUCAGUUCUCCGACGUGAACCGAUUCUAUAUCGCUUCCGACAACGAGCUCAUGAUCGAUCUGCUAAAGGGUGAAAUUAACUUCCUAAAGUCAGCAUGGCAGAAUCUACUCGGCCGUCCGUUACUUACGCUGGUGCUGAAAACUGUACAUCUAGACAACAACAAAGUACCGCUAGCAAUGAUCCAAACGAUGAAGAAGUUGAAAUCGGGCUACAUCAGCGGUACCCGUGUCAUACUGGGCAAUUUGGGCGAUUUCAUCAACACGUCCGCAAUUACGGAUCUAAGCUUUCUCGGCAGCCAGGAGGAUGGCUACCCCGACAAGCUGAACCCGGCCGUGCAGGCCUACCUAGACGAGCAUCUGCUGCGUUCGUUCAGCCACCGUGCAUCGACCACCUCGAUUCGUUCUUCAGGACUUCGACCGAAGAAUUUGCGCCGCCGCAUGUCCGUGAAGGGUGCGAUCAAGAAAACGCGUUCGAUCAACGUCGACUCGGAAACGCUCGGCAUGGAAGGUAAUGUAACGGAGCGACGCCUUUCGCACGUUACGCCACAAUGGUUGGAACCAAACCAAACAACCAUCGGUGCUACCGCGACCAGCACUACCGGAACAACCGCGUCCGGUGGUUCGCCAACAUCGCGCGACCCGUCACCAAAUACCCAAGCGCAGCCACGGUACGGUGAGCGCGUGUCGCUCGAUGACGAUGGCAAAAAGCUGCACAUACAAACGUCAGCAACAGCGGCCAUGCCAAAGAUACACAUCCAGCCGCUACCGAGACAUCGGCCCACGACGGAGACUAACUUUGAGAAUACCGAGGUGGAGGAGCUGAUUGCCAUGCUCCGGGAGACGGAGAAUCUCGAGGAGCAGGGUGACAUUUUGCAACAUCUCGUCGAUACGCAGGGGCUCGAUUUUAACACCGAGUUAACCGCGGGCGUUAAUGAAGAUUCCCCUUCCCAAGGCAUGCUGGAGGAGGGCAGGGUCGUGACGGUGCGCGGUCUGCUGAAGGGCCUGUACGAGAAAGCGUGCCAGCAGAAGAUGUGGGGCCUGGUGCGCCACACUGCCGGUAUGCUCGGCAAGCGUGUCGAGGAUCUGGCGAAGGCCGUCACCGAUCUGCUCGUACGCCAGAAACAGGUUACUGUUGGUAUGCCGCCGAACAGCGAACACACGAUUACGGCACCGCUGCCCGAGAUGGAGCUACGGUCGGUGAUACACGAGGCGUACGGUGACGACGAGAGUACCGCCAUGCUGUCCCAGGAGCUGCUCGUCUAUCUCGCAAUGUUUAUCCGUACCGAGCCGCAGCUGUUUCACGAGAUGCUUCGACUGCGCGUCGGCCUCAUCAUACAGGUGAUGGCGAAGGAGCUAUCCCGCACGCUCAACUGUGACGGCGAGCAGGCAUCCGAGCAUCUGCUGAACCUGUCACCGUUCGAGAUGAAGAACCUGCUGCACCACAUCCUCAGCGGCAAGGAGUUUGCGAUCAACAGCGUUGCCCGGGGCAACAUAUCGAUCGUGAGCUGCAAAUCGAGCCGCGUCAGCAAGAAGAGCCAGAUCGGUAUCGGUGAGCCGGAAAAUGCGGAAGGUUCGCUGAUUGACGACCGGCAGGGCCAGUGGCUAAGACGCCGCCGGCUCGACGGUGCACUGAACAGGGUGCCGCGCGAUUUCUAUCCACGCGUCUGGACCGUGCUCGAGCGGUGCAGUGGGCUUGCGAUCGAGGGCCGCAUACUGAACCAAAGCCUCACGCAGGAGAUGACACCGAACGAGCUGAAGUUUGCGCUCGAGGUGGAGACGGCACUGAAUACGAUACCGCAGCCCGAGUACCGGCAGCUGGUGGUGGAAGCGCUGAUGGUGCUGACGCUCGUCACCGAGCACAACAUACUCGCGUCGAUCGGUACGAUCAUCUACGUGGAGCAUCUGGUGCACCGGGCGAAUCAGCUGUUUCUCGAGGAUCAGCGCAAAAGCCACGGCGAUGCGAUGCUGUGCUGCGCGAAGAACAAGGACAUCCGGGAAACGACCACCGCCGGGUUGCUGCUGUGCGGCGGUGCCGCCUACAUCUGUCAGCAUCUGUACGACAGUGCACCGAGCGGUAGCUACGGUACGAUGACCUACAUGGCCCGGGCAGUUGCCUCCGUGCUCGAACUACCGAAGCACGGCGAUAUGGAUUGUACCAUCUCGUAA